CGAUCGCGGGCCUCGGCAGCGCGGGGAUAUUGACUGGGAGCUUUGUGGUAGUGGGCACCGCCGUUCCUCUUCAGUCGCGCCCGAUACUGAUGGCCGUGGUUGGCACAAUGUGAACAGCAUACACAUUUCCAUGGUUCUGAUCAAUGUGCUAACUCGCCCAAAGGUUCGGUGUUGGCGCCACCACCGGGCCGCUACUCGGUGGCGUCUUUACGGACCUCGUGGUACGUUUUCCUUCCUUCCCUUUCUUUUCGGCAACCAAUUGAAUCCAUUGCUGAUGCUGUGUGGUGGCAGUCGUGGCGCUGGUGCUUUUACAUCAACCUCCCGAUCGGGGGCGCAACCGUUUUGGCGAUGCUCUUGUUCUUCAACCCCAAGAGAAGCAACAAGGCGGGGCGUGGGUUUAUCGAGCGGCUCGUAGACUUGGACCUGAUCGGCAAUGUGCUGCUCCUAGGCGCGGCCGUCAUGUUCUUCCUCGCCCUCGAGUACACCACGCAGGGCAUGGCGUGGGGUAGCGCCAAGGUCAUCGGGCUCCUGGCUGGGUCGUUCCUAGCUGCUCUCCUCUUCGCCGCGUGGCAGUGGCGGAAAGGCGACGGCGCCUUAAUGCCUCCCAGAAUCAUCACGCAGCGCACCGUGGCGGCAUCGUGCGGCAUGGCUUUCAUGAUCUAUGCGGCGCUGAUCAACCUGACCUUCUUCUUGCCCGUCUGGUUCCAGGCGAUCCGCGGCGUGAGCGCCAUGCGGUCGGGCGUCAACAUGAUCCCCUACUUUGUCGUCAACGCCGUCUUCUCGCUGGCGGCCGGCUGGUUCGUGUCCAAGGUCGGCUACGUGACGCCGCCCGCCGUGAUCGGCAGCGCCGUUGGCACCGCCGGCCUGGCGCUUAUGACGCAGCUGCGCGUCGAUGCGACGACGGUGCAAUGGGCGGGCUAUCAAGUACUAACAAGUGCCGGCUUCGGCAUCUCGAUCCAGCAGGGCUUCAUGGCGGUGCAGACGGUACUCCGAGAGGAGGACAUAGCCAUCGCCACGGCGGCCGUGGUCGCGUCGCAGUCGCUCGGCGCCGCCAUUUUCCUCUCGGUGGGGAAUAGCGUAUUUCAGGGCCAGCUCAUCCGCGCCACGGCCGCGCGCCUCUUGGACGGCCUCGACAUCAAGAAGCUUAUCGACGGCGGCGCGGCCUCGUUCCGCCACCUGGUGCCCGCCGAGGAUCUGCCCGCGAUGCUCGAGAUCUACAACGCGGCGCUCACCAAGGUAUUCAUCGUGUCGGUCCCGCUCGGUGCCCUGUCUGCCAUCAUCUCGUGCUUCAUCGAGUGGAAGUCGGUCAGGCCAGCCACUCGAGGAGACAAAGAGAAGGCCAUCCAACAGGAAUCGGGUGAGGAGGCGGAGAAGAAUCCAGGAUAGCCUCGGUUGAGCUCCGGAGCCAGGUUGAGCACGAUCGCGGAGAGCGUACCAUAAUUCAUAAUUUAUUGAGCGCAAAAUAUUAAAGGCUCCGGCGAUGUCAGGGAGGAACAGAGAAGAUCUUCGGAUACGGAGUACGUGUACCCGCAGGUGGUGUUGCAAACGUUUCUUGGAUGGAUGGUUAUCAUAGUGUAUCGCAAGAGAUUCGUGUUGGGUAUUGACUGCGACGAGAUACACGAGCAGCAAAAUUUCUCAUUUUUGCUACUCUUGAUUUAGAAAUAUAGAGCAUUUCACCUUCCUGGGCCUACUAGUAGAAGAAAC